AUGAACAAGGACAAGACUCCGCAACACCUCCAGGGCAUGUUUUACAACCCCGAGACGUUCCGUUGGGAAGGCAAUGAAAAUGUCUUGAACGCAUUCGACCCACCCGCAUCAUCCCCAUCGACAGCAUCCGUACAGCCUCACGUGGUGCGCGAGAAAGAAGUUUCAACACCUCGGCCGGCCCUGAUUACGAACAUAAGCCAUACAAAGGGUGUGCAGGUCGUCGGAGGCAUGGUCUUCGACCCACAGAACAUGUGCUGGCUGAAGCUGGGCCCGCAGACAAAUCCCAAGUCCGAGAUCCCCGAUCCAAUGGACGGUUUCAACGCUUUGGACGACGACGAGGAUGUCUUCAAAGACAUUCCGGAUCUCGACGACAACCCUGGCGACUCCAAGGAGCCGGGCCGCGUCAGCGAAGUCAAGGACGAAUGGCUUGUCGGCGAAGAGUUCGAUGUCGGACCAGAGUUCGUGCGAAGACAGCGCGAAGAAGAAGACAGAUGGAGAAAGAAAUGCGAGAAAUGGCUCGGCGUCGGAGACCAGGAUCGCGACGCCUCGCGUUGGGCCAUUCGCGACAUUCUGCUUUACCAGAGGGCUGCCCAGUAG